CGCGCGGGCGAUUUUGAAGGGAGCACCACUCGCAGAAGGCGACUGUCCCGGUGCGCUCAAAUAAAGGUUGCAGCCGGCCGGUCGCCCAGUCAAGGGCUAGUGCAGGCGGGGGAAGUAUCUCGAGACUCAGCGGCGCAGAGAGCAGGGUAGCGAGGGAGCAGAGACUGACGGACAUCCAGAUCAGUGUGACCGGUGGUCGUGCCGACUCUCCACAUCUUUUGUGAUUUCAUCAUGAAUACGAGGCCACUGCAGCUGACGUCUGUGGUGCUGGCGCUGUCGGCGCUGGCUGCCGGCCGGCCCUUCACCGGCCACUUCACGCUGAUCCGGCCCGAUGGGCAGACCAUCAGCCAGAACUACAUCGACGCGCCCGGCACGCCCGGCCACUUCCAGAACAAGCAGAAGAACUCGCCUACCUACUUUAUCAAGCUGGCGCCGUCACCGUACACCUUCGUGCCCGGGCUUGGCUACGUGAGCAACCCACCGGUCAAGAACCCCUUCUUCAGCGUCAACUUCCCCUCCAACGGCAAGCCGAAUGGCCUGUACUCGCUGAGCGAGCUGCGCGGCACCACCACCACGCCGACCCCCAUCUCUCGCGCCGACAGCCCCGUCUCGUGGCUGCAGGGCAGGUACAUGUUCAACGGCCGGCCCAGAGAUGGCGUUACUGCCGUGCGCGCGCCGGCCAGCUCGUCGCUGCUCAACGCGCUGCUUGCGCGGAAUGCGAACAGGAGCCCGUCGAGGUUCAGUUCGCGCCGUGGCAAGAUUGACCUGUCGCUUUGGUAAGCGGCUGUGUGGCGUGCGGCGUGAGGCGUGAGAAGAUCCUCACAAAUGGCGUGAGGCGAGCCAGCUGGCCGGCCGCCGAGGCGGUUGCCAUGACGACGUAGAGCGGGCCGCAAGCCUGCUGCCCCGAUGUCUUUCCAAUGCUAGGACAGCUGCUGGUACCAGAGGCCGUGGUGAUCUCCUGUUGGACCGAGCCGUUGACACCGCACUGCACCACCGCACCAGCUGGCGGCGUGCGCACCAACACGUGCCGACACGUACCGUCCGGCAUCCCCGCGACGUCUGGCUUGAGCAGCUGAUUCGAGCUCCACGAGCAACGUGUUCUGAACAUGUCAACGUGAGCUAUACUGAACGCGGCUCGGGCGAGGAGCGUUAUGGUCCAAUGUGUGCAAACCGCUUUGGUGUUUACACUACACUGUGCCCGCGUGGCACGGUAUGGCGGCGUUAUUGGGCGUGCAGCUCGUGGCACAGCGGAGAGAGCAAGGGAUGAGACCUAUCAGCCCACAGGUAGAUCGCACAUGACUGUUGUAUUGCUUACCUUCAUGUAGCAGUGAUGGAGUUGCACUCCUGGUGCCAGUGUCAGGUGCUGUCCGGCGAAGACAGAGUUCGAGCGUCACUUAUCACCGUGUUACUGUUUGUUGUGUGCUUGCGUUGCAUCUUCGGUGGCCAUGCGAGUUAUUGGAAUAAAUCACAUUG